UGCACUUUUUGAUACGUGUUUAUAGAGCGCAGCUGUCGGACCCGUGGCCUGCUGAUGUGUAGGAUCUAGAGCUGCGAGCGACCGACCCCUCAGCUGUCGGCAGACGUCACGUGAUUCCCAGAACAGGCGCCAAUGCCCGGCCGGCCAGCCGAGUGAUAAACACAGCGGCUCUACCAGAUUCCGCCGCGGGACGACCCGCCGAGCUUCUGUGAAAACUGGCGAGUGAGAGCCAGCGCUGCCGGCUCUGUGCGCUGUGCCACAGACGAGUCGAGUGGACGCGGUUGGCUGUGGUGUUGUGUUUGCGGUAGAUUCAGCGGUGGCUUGUGUCUACGACAGUGACUAUAGAAGUGCUAACGGGGGAACAGUUGGUGGCUACCGCAGUGACUUAAGUGACCACGACGGUGGACUGUGGUGACUUCAGCAUCGAACUUUUGUUUACUCUUGGUGGUCAUGCCCAGUAAAUAAUGAAACCGUUACGAAUAGUGUUUGUGACCUUGACUAGAGUAGCCUACGAGCGUCCAUGACCGGUGGCAAAUACGGCCAUCACUGCUUGUGCCUACGGCCUAUAAGUGUGACUUUGAGUGCCUAUCAUUGUGUGCAUGUGACAGCGGCUGUUGUGACUGAGGCAGUUGCCUGGUCGUUAUUGUGUAGCGCAGUCUGUGUAUGGUUCAUUGAACUGAUUGCACAGGGUGUUGGGACCACCGAGGACUGGGCGGCAUCCAACUGCUCUGUUAUCCACUCAGUCGACCGGGGCCUGUCUGAGCUGCCCCGCCGGUCACUAUGCGCCCGCCACCCGCGCUGGUAUCAGUGUGCCUGCUGGCCGCGGCCGUGUGCGCUGACAGUGGCCAGCGGGCCCACACCCGGGCACCGUCCAACUGCCGGGACCACGCCGGCCGGCCGGGUGUGUGCGGCACCGUCCAUGACUGCCCGCCGCUGCUGGCACUCGUCUCCAACGGCCGCCGCCCCAGUGCCGAGGAGGUCUCCCAGCUGCGCCGCAGCCAGUGCAGGGUACCCGGCGGCAGCCGCAGGCGAGUGCUGCUCUGCUGCGCCCUGCCGCCACCACCCCCUCCUCCGGCGGCGCCCGAGGAGCCGUUCGACGGCGAGCCCGAGGAGCACCCCAACCGGCGUCUGCUGGAGCGGGGCGAGCCGUGCGGCUCCUCUCUGGUGCCGCGCAUCACCGGCGGGAAGGAGGUGCGGCACGGCCAGCACCCGUGGAUGGCGCUGAUCGGCUACCGGCACUCGGAGACGGGCCGCGUCAGCUACCGGUGCGGCGGCGCGCUCAUCGGCCGGCGGCACGUGCUGACCGCGGCGCACUGCCUGGUCAGCCUGCCGGCCCAGCUGCGACUCGACUCGGUCCGGCUGGGCGACCACAACCUGUCGCGGCCCACCGACUGCGCGCUCACUCCCGACGGCCGACCGGUGUGCGGCGUGCCGCAGGAGUUCCGUAUCGCCGCCCUCUUCAUCCACAGCGACUACAACAAGCCCAGCGCGCGGCUCAACGACAUCGCGCUGCUCAAGCUCGACCGGCCCGUGGUGGAGGACAACUUUGUCGGCAAAAUUUGUCUGCCGUUCGAUUCGGCCCGUCAGCGCAACUACACGGGUGUCGGCCUGUCCGCGGUGGGGUUCGGCAGCGUGGGCCCGGGCCGCGACUCUCCUUCCAGUGAGGUGCUGCUGGAGGUGGUGCUGCCGGGCGUGGACCAGCAGCGGUGCGCGGCCGCCGUGCGCCGGCUGGGCGGCCUGCUCGGGCCGCGUCAGAUGUGUGCCGGAGGGGAGCCCGGCCGGGACGUCUGUUUCGGCGACUCGGGCGCGCCGCUGGUGGCCGACCCCGGAGCCGGCGAGCUGGCGCCCACCCUGGUCGGACUCGUGGCCUACGGGGCGCGGCUCUGCGACGGCGCCGUGCCCGGUGUCUUCACGCGCGUCUCCUCCUACCUGAACUGGAUCCUGGACAGGAUCGAUGACUGAGCCGCCCUCGGCGAGCGUCCCACCUGACCGCUAGUGUGAGACGCUAUGCGUUCUGCGUGUGCUAUGUGGUAGCUUACGGUGAUAAUGCCGAUAAUUGUGGUAAUCGUAACAAUAUUUCGGUAGGAGCAUGACCCACGCACGAGUCGCUUGAGUGGCAGUGGCUUGUCGAAUGCUCUGUGCCUACAGCUGAAAUAUGUAUAAUGCACUGCAUCCGAAUAAGUGGAUGAUCCUCCAUGUUGAAUACAUGUAGGUAGGUACUUCUGUUCGUAAAGCAGGCAAAAUGCUUAAUAAAAAAUUUUUAAGUGACGCCGGGCGGAGAUGAUCAGGUAGCUGCUACCUUGAUAAAUGAUUUACACUUUUCUGUGGGAAUUGAAUUCAUUUUCUUUUGUCGAGCCAUAGACCUCUGUAUCUAUUCCGAUCCGUGAAUAGAUUUAAACGUACUUAAAUGCGAUCGCGUUGAUGUGAUUA